AUGAGACCUUCUUCAGCAAAUUCAUCAUUACCAAAAGUUGAUCAAAAAAUAACAGCAAGGAAAAAAUCAGCUCAUUAAUCCCUUUUUUAACCAAUCUAAAAACCUUCUGCUUCAUAAAUUGAAACCCCUGAUUAACAAUUAAAGAAAACUUAGGUUUUGGAAUCUUUAGGAUUCUAUGAAAAAUGUACAAUUUAUUUUAAGAAUAGAGCUGAUUACUUUAAAAGGAACUAGUUAACAAUAAAGUGAAGUAGAUUCUAUGUUUAAAUAACUAAACAAAUUCGCAAUGAAAUUGAUUGAAAAACAUGGACUUCAUGAUACAUGCAUUAUGAUAUUAUAAUGGAUUAUACAACAUUAAUCAUUCUAGGAAAUUCCAACUUAAAUGUAUUAAUGCAAUUUUUAUUUUGAUAGUUGUUUAGCCUAUAAUAAUUUAGGUUGUGUUUAUCGUAGAAUUGGAUAAACAUAAUUAGCAUUUAAUGCUUUAGAGAAUGCUUUAUAAUUAGUUUAAAUGUAUGAUUAGUUAAAAUUAGAAACAAUAACAUAUUUGAACAUUACAACUGUUUUAAGUUAAAUGAAUAUGUAAUUUUGAUAUCUAUUUAAAAGGCAUGACAAAGCAUUAAAGGCAGCAUUAAAAGCAAUUUAAUCUGGCAAGAGGGAAUUUGAUCUAAAUUAAAUUGAAACAGUUAGAUAUUUGGCUUUGGCUAAUUUUAAUUAUGCAUUUGAAUUAGAAUCGUUAGAUCGUUUGGAAGAAGCUGUAAAAUAAUAUAAAAGAUCAUUAUAAUUUGUGCUUGAACAUUUAGGUAAUCAUGAUCCUUUAUUUUCAAAAUUUCAUAUACAACAUCAUUAAGCUAAGUAAAAGUUGAUUGUAAUAAUGAAUUAAUAAUAAUCAGGUCUUUUUAAGACAGUUUUAUAAUUAAAAAAAUAAUAUGAUGUUCCAAUAGAUGAAUGUUCUAAAUAAACUACUCCAUACUGUUAAACUAAAAAAAAUAUUAAGUUGAAAAACAAUAAUUUUAUGGAAGAUUCUGUAAGAAGAGAUAGUAGUGCAACAAUUAAGAAAGGAAUGACAGAUGAUGAAUUUUUUUAAGAAGUUAAACAUCAAAAACCAAUAGAAACAAAGGAAGAUGUUAAAUAAAUAAAUAGAGAGGAAUUGCAAGAAGAGAAUAUUCAACCUAAAAAAUAAAUAUAGAUAAUCAAUAGGAAAUUAAGUUAAAUAGAAUAAAUAUAAUUGGAAUAAUCAUGGUCAAAUUCAGAACCAUCUGAUACAGAAAUUAAAAAAUAGAGACUUAAUGAAAAACCAUCUGAAAUAAAGUUAUCAUUAACAAAAACUAAUACAAAAGAAUAAAGAUUGAAUUUUUUGAAUAAAUAAAAUACUUCAAAAUAAAAAGUGGAUGAUAAUUUAUUAGAGAAAGAAUAAUAGAUAAUAAGAGAGAUUGAAGAAUAGAUAUAUAAUGCUAAUAGUAUUGCAAAGAUUUAAGCUUAAAUAAGAAUGAAAAAGGAACGAAAAAAGUUUUAUUGUCUCAAAAAAGCAAAAAAGGAUUAAGGAGAAUUGUUACCUUCUGAUGAAUUGAAGUUAAAGAAAUUUUAGAGAUUUGUAAGAAGGAAGUUAUAAGAAUUGAAAAUGAGAAAUAUUACAAAGAAAAUAAUUUAAAAAAAUAGAUUAAAGAAAUAUCCAAAUACUGAAAAUAAAGCUUAUAAGAGAAUUAUAUCUUUAUUAGAAGCAUAUAAAGCAUAUAAAAAGAUGCUUUUACAUAAAUAUAUAGUUAAAACAAGAUAAUUCUAUACAUUGAGAUAAAGUUAUUGUCAUCCAAAUUAAAUGAUUCAUGAGAAAAUAGAACCAUUUAAAGAUGCUUAUAUAUUUACAUUUGGGAUAACUAAUGAUGAUUCAUUUGUACGUUUUUCUUUAGUAAAUGGAGUUAAAAACAAAAGAAAAGAGUAGUAAUACUAUUUUGAAAUGGAUACUUUGAGUUUAUUAUAAUCUUUGGGUUUAUUACAUCAAUAUAUUAAUGAUUUGGAAUGUUUUAUAAUAGAGGAGAAUUAAUUAUUAAGGAAUUUAAAGAAUUUAUAAACAGUUGCAUAGUAAUUUAUAAUAAUGAAUGAAGUUGAUGGUAAAUAUGUGGUAAGGUGUUUAGCAGAAUUUUAAACUUAAUUUAGAUAAGCACUCUAGAGAACAGCAGUUAUAAUGUAAGAAUUGAUUUUGGUUGAAAAUAAUAAGCUUUAUAUAUAGGGGAUAAAUAAUUUUGAGUACAAUGAUUUAGUUCCAUUUGAAGAAGAGAUUAGAAAAGUUAAGCCACCUCUUUAUACAAAAUAAUUGGCUUCAAAUGAAUUAGAGGCAAUCAAAUUUAUAUAAUCUUUUAUGAAAGGAUAUUUAUAAAGGAUUAGAAUAAAAAAAUGGGUUAACUAAAAAUAGAAGUAAAUUUAUUCAACAAAGUUAAUAAAAACGGUGGCUGGCCAUUACUUAUAGAUUGUUAAAGCAUAACAUUUAAUGAAUAAGAGACAUUAUUUAUAUAUAAUAAAUUUUGAAACUUAAAAGAAAUCGAAUGAUUUGGAAAUUAAGUAGAUAGUAUUAUAAAAUAUGGGAGAGAUAAAUAAAGAUAAUUUAUAUGAUAUAUUGAAAAUAGAUUUAGAUGGUCCUAGUAUUGAGUAUAGUGAUGAAGCUAAUUAUUGGGUAUAGAAAUAAGAGGAUUAUGAAAAGAGAGGAGGUAAAGAGAUAUACACAACAAAGAAUAGAGAUGAUUCUAUAAUAUUAAUUUAAAGAGCAGUAUUACGUUAUUAGCUAAAAAGGAGAUGUUUAAUAAAGAAGAUAAACAAAAAUAAAUUUAAUGUUAGUGAUUAAAAGGAUGUAGAGAAAGAAAUUUUAGUUAGAAGGGCUAUUCUAUAUGGAUCAGAUAUGAAUUAAAGAGCUUGUUUAACAACAUUAUAUUUGGAGAUAGAGAGAACUGAUCCAACUACUUCUUUAAUGGGUUAAAGUGAAUAUUAGAGUGUUUUGAUAACUUCAAAGAAUUUAGAACAUGUUUAUGCUUUUGAUAAAUGUGUACCAUUUUAUUAAAAAUUAUUUUAUCCAUUAUCAAAAACUGAAAUAAUAACAGUAGCAUAAAGAAUGGUAGAAGUGACACGGAUAAUAAAAAAUAAAAAAGGGGAAUAAAAGGUUGAUUGUAAGAGUGUUGAUUAAGUUCAUGGUGAAAUACUAUCUUUAUAAGGAGAAGAAGAUGAUGUGAAUUAGAAGAAGGAAAAUACUCUUGAAGCGAGAUUGAAAAUUGGAUCAACUUUAAGGGAUAAAUAUUUAUAAUAAUUUGUUUCAUGUUUAGAAGAUUCACCAGAGAUGUAAUUAAAUCAUUCAGCAGAAGAUAAUAAGUAAAAAAACUUUGUUUCUACUCUAUAGAAUGUAUUUAGAGAUUUCAAAAUUCAAAUUGCUCAAAAAAUCAAGAGUGCAAAACAUGUAGAUGAAGAAGAUGAUACUUCAAUAAAGGCUUAUGUUUAAAAUGUUUUACCUACUACUGAAUAUGGUACUAAUCCGAAUUUAUUUAAUGAUUUUAUUCAAGAUUAGUUAUCUAUUAAUGAUGUUAAAUCAUAACAUUCAAACAAAGAUGAUAGAGAAUUUGUUGUUGACUUCAAUCUUACAUUUUUUGAUGGAUAAUUUAAAUUAUCAAUCUUCUAUCAAAUUAGUUCCUAAUUAUUUAUAAUUCAUGCAUAAAAUAUUUAUACUACAAAAAUAUAUAAAACUUCAAUAUUAAAAUCAGAUCUUGUUAGCAAUUAUGAAUUACCUUACUCAUACAUAAAAGAGAAUCCUUAAAAUAUUAUUUUACCAUUAAUUGAUUUUUAAGAUGAAAAAUUUAUAUUCUCAAAAGAUGAACUCAAAUUAUAAAAAAUUGUAGAUGAUUAUUUAGCCUAUGAAUUUAAUGAAGCUAAGUCUUCUAAAUAAGGAUAGCCUAUUUAUUAAGAAAUAGAGGAAACUUAUCCUGAUUAAAUGACUGAUAAAGUUGUGAUUGCUAUCUAUCAAAAAAGUACGAGUACUUUAUACUUUGAAUUUCAUAGAGAAUAAAUGAUUGUUAAAAUUAUCAUUCAUUUUAAUAAUACUAAUGAGAAACGUGUUAUUGAAAUUGAUACACAUAAUUUUUAAUCUAAAUAUAUUGAUGAAAGAUUAAAAGAUUUAAGUAAUAAAAGAAUUAUUAAAUUCUUUAAAGAAUUCUCUAGAACAAUUACUAAGGUUAUUACUAUAAAUGAGAAGGAUCACACUCAUAAUUUUGAAGACUUAAGAGGAGAUUUAUCUUUAUUUUUAAGAGAGAAGUUUGUUUAAAAAAUUUAAGGAAUGUUAAUGGUUAAAAGAAUGGUGGAAAAGUUUAAAUUGUAUAAACAAUUAAAACGUUCUAAACUUCAUAUACAUAAGUUCAUUUUGAAUAAUGGUUAACAUUAUAUCGAAAUUGCCUAUUUUCUAAUUAAAUAAUCUAGUAAUUUAUAACUCAAUAUGCGUGAAUUGACUUUUGUUACACCUUAAGGUCAUCUAGUUGAGAGAACAAAAACUCUUAAGAGUAAAAGAAGGUUAAGAGAAAAAUAAUUUAUUAUUAAUUUAGAUAAAUUAUCAUAAUAAAGUGAUUAAUUAAUUAGCUCAUAAUCUAAAAAAUAAGACUAAUUAGAUUUAUAGAGAAUUGAUUUUGCAAAUUUAUCUAAUUAUGAUAAAAUGAAAACUAUUGAAUAUUAUAGAUCAUUAAUGACUCCAUUGAUCUUAUUAAUUUAAAAGAAUCUUGUGGUUAAUUUCAAUAAAUUUUAAUUUUAAUUGACUCUACCAAUUAUUAUGAUAGAAAGUCAUAUAACCAAAAAGAAAAAGAAGAAUUUAUCUAAUGAUACGAAAUUUUAAUUAAUGACUUUUGCUGUUAUUGCUACUUAAGCCACUUUUAGAAAAAAACUAUUAAAAAAAUGGUUAUAAACUAAAUUGGCUAGAAAAAAAUAAAUUGAAGAAAAGAAUAAACAUUUAGGGGAGUUUGUAAAGAGAUCUUUUAAAUAAAUAAAAGAAGAUGAUGAAAAUCAUUUUUAUAUUGUAAAUGUAUACAAAUAACCUGGAAAGAUACCAAAUCAAACGAUAUAUACUUUUGAAUUGAUAUCAAUAAAUAAAAGUUAGAGGAAAACAAAAAUGAGAGCAUCUUAUUCUCAUGAUAAUUUUUAAUUGAUUGAUAUAGGUUCAUAAUCUUUAGCAAAUCAUUUUAUCAAUAAAAUUUACAUAGAAAGAGGUAUUAUAAAAUUUGAUGAAUAUUCAUUUUAAAAAGUAUAAGAUGAAGGAAUAUCAACAACUUUUGAUGAUUAUAUAUAAAAUGAAUAGUAAAACAUAAUGGUAGAUGAAAAAAUGAUUGAAAAAGAUGUAUAAGAGGUAUUGGUUGAUUAGGAGAAAUCAGGAAAUACUUUAAUCAAUAUAGUGUACACUAAUUCAAAAUAAAUAUUAGAAAAGAAAUCAUAUGAUGAUUCUUAAAAUAAUGUGACAAAGUUGUAGGUUGAUUUAUAAAGUAUUAAAAAGUUAUAUCCAAAUUUCAAUGUAAAAGACACUAAUACAGUUAAAAUAUUAAGUUAGAAUUUAAUAAAAGGAGUGAGAAUGGAUUAAUUUACAGGGAGUCUCUUAGUAGAUAAAAGCAGAAUUCAAUCAUCAUUAAUAAAUCCACUUAGUAUUGGAGGAGGGAGAAUAGAAUCCUAGAUUUAAUCAUAAGUUUAGAUUCCAUCUACAAUCAAUAGAGGAAUGCGUUUAUCUUAAAGACCUUAUGCAACAAAUGUACUUGCAAAGGAAACUGUAUAUUAUACUGGAAAGAAAUAUUUGAUUGUUAUAAGUUCAGUUAAAAACAAGAUAUAAAAAAUAUUAAAUUAAGAUAGAGAUUCUGUAUUUGAAGAUCAUGAAAGAAUAUUAGAGAUUAGAGCAUAAAAUUUGAAAGAAAGAUAAGAACCAUUUUAUUGGUACUUGACACCAGAUGAUGCAGAAAUUUUAACUCAUGAAAAAAGUCCGGAAAAUAUGGCUAAAAUUUUAACAAAGAAUUUGCAAAUAAUAAACUAAAAAUUCAUAUAUAUAUGUUUUAAUUAAUAGGAUUAAUAAAGAGUUAAAUUGAAGGCAGAUGAUAAUGUGAUUUUAUUUGUUGAAAGUACUAUAAGACCAAUGUAGAAGAAGUUUAGAAAUAGAAGAAUUGAAUCUAAUUAUAAGGAAUAUAGAAAGAUUUAUAAUAGAUGUUAUGCUGAUGGAACAUUAAUAUUGUAAAUAUCAAAUAAUUUGAACACAACAAAGAGUGUAUUUGUUGUAUUGUUUAUUGAAGAAAAGGAAUCAUAUGUAUAAAUAAAAACUUGGGAUGCAACAGAGUAGAUGUAUUUUUGUGAAACUGAAUUAAAUUUAAAAAAGGUAAAGGAAAUUAAUAAAUAUAUUAGUAUAUAUCGAUUUAUUUAUAGGAUAAAUAAAAAUGUUUGAAAGCUUUAUUGCAUUUUUUGGAAUUUCGAAGUGAACAGAAUAAGAUUUAAUUUAUGCAUCCAAAGCCAGAAUAAGUUUAAGAUUAUUUUGAGAAAGAGAAGAAAUUGUCUAUUCAUUCAUCAUCUAGAAUAGGUUCACCAACAAAAUCUGUAGAUUAGAAUAAUGAAUAGUAGUAAUAGUAGUAGUAGCCUCUUAAAUUCUUUUAAUAGGAACAUACACCAUUGCAAUCACCAAUGGUAGUUGUUGAAAAUGUAGAUGAUGAUGAUGAUAUAAUUUAAGAAGGUUUAGAAGAAGAUAAGAAUGUUAUUUAAUAAUGAU